AUGGCGGAGCUGCAGCAGCCCUGGGUGCAGGAGGCGGUGGACUCCGUGGUGAAGAGUCUGGAGAGAGAGAACAUCCAGAAGAUGCAGGGCUUCAUGUUCUGGUGCAGCGCCAGCUGUUAUGAGGACAGCCAGGCGUGCAUGCAGCAAGUGCACCAGUGCUUUGAGCUCUGCCAUGCACCUCUGGCUCAAGCCCAGGCCUGCGUGACCAAGUGUGUGGAUGACCACAUGAACCUCAUCCCUACCAUGACCAAGAAGAUGAAGUCUCUCUCAUCCAUUAGGAAAUAG